AUGCCCCGCCGCGCGCAUUCCCACAGACUUCUGUCCGCUUCCCGGCGUCUCCCGGUUUAUUCCCGGCGGCCGCUGCCGCCUCGGGACACACACUUACGCAGCAACACGCAAACCCAUUCUGGCUACUCCUGGGGACCCGAGGAACCGGCGCGGAGUGGUGACCCUCCCCUGCCCGCCCCGACUCUUCCUCUCCCUCCCCCAGCGGGGCGCGUGCUCGAGUGGCGGGGGCUCUGCUGCUGCCCGGGAGUGGGUUGGGGGUGCCCGGCGACAGGAUGGGGAGGCGCUGCACGAGGCGGGCCGGACUCCGGGAUGGGGCUGCGGGCGGGAGUCUCCGUGCCCGGCCAGCUUCCAGGCUUCCCGCGGGGAGGAGGAGACAGCGAAGCGCCCUGGGUCCCUCCCGGAGGACCAAGCCCCGUGGCAGCCAGGCUCUGCGUGCGUUGCUGCUUCCCCUGCCCUUUCUCACUUCUCCGACACGGGCGCUCACAAUUUGCUCGCUUUAUUUCUCUCCUUUCCCCCCGCGAGCUCCCACGGCGGCAGAGGGGCCACCCGCUGUGCUCUCCCGCCCCGCCCGACUGUCCCCACGGAUCUGCCCGUGCGCUCGACCCUGGCUUUGCAGCGGGGGUCUGAACCCUCCCGCCGUGGGCACAGCCGGUGGGCCGCGAGAGCGAAGACGGGGCGGGGACGAUCGGUUUUCCGCGCCCCAAUUUCCUUUCACGGCCUAUUGGGACGUGUAGUUCUUCCUCUCGCCGUCCGGCUCCGAGAGGAAACGCAACUAGGGGACCAAAAAACUACAAAUCCCUGCAUCCUCCGCGACGAGGGCGGGAGAGGCGUGGUACUGAGCGUUCUGGUGCUGUUUGGUUGGAGAUGGAAACCAACAAAGGGAAGGGCUGGGGUUCUACUGCGUGUUUUCGGUGUGGGCGCUUCACACGUUACGCACGUUCUUUAUCUAAUCUUCACGACAACCCUGCGAGGCACUAUUGUAUCCAGCCGACUACUUGCCAGAGAUCACAAACCGCCCGGGUGGUCGAGAUGGGAUUGAACCCAGAGCCCUGAGAAUUUCACUCAUUAAGCGCUGCCUAGCUGUAGGACUGAAGACCUUGGCUUUUGCUGGCUGUCCACUGGAGACUGUCCUCAAUUCCUAGGUGGCACCUGGCAUUCAUGGGCCAGCACGGCCACUUACUUCAUCAAGUCAGCAAGGAGAGUCUCCAGAGCAAACCUGCUAGCAAGAUGGAAUCUCAUAUAACACAAGAGGAGAAAACUGAAGAUCAGAGAGGUUAGGUGAUUUGCCCAAGGUUCAUAGCUGGUAAGUAACGGAGUCAGGAUUGAUGGCCAGGUGUGCAUGUCUGAUUCCACUACACAGUGGAGGAGUAUACUGUGUCUGACUCACUGCCAACUGAGUAGGGAAGAGUAUCUUGAUUUCAGCGGAAAGGGAGAUCUAUGAGGCCUAGACUGUAGCAAAGUGAGAUCCAGGACUCUGACAAUAUGAUAGGCAGGACAAGAGGGGUUAGGAUCUCAAGGAGAUGGGAAGGGUGGGAAAACACAUGAUGUUUCCAGUUAGAGUGGAAUUGACAAGGAUUCAAGAGCAAAUACUUUACUUGGGAGAGGAUUCCUUAAAACGCUGCUGAGACAGGAAGUGAGCUAGGGAGGGGUGAGCCUAUAAAGCUUGCGUGGAGAAGCUGCCACUGUGGGUGGCUGGAGCUCAGACCCUCCAGGCAACUGUGGGAGGUGGUACAGACCCUGCCUCACAGUUUCCCCACCUGAAGGGCGAGUUUGCUGAACUUUGUCCACCAACCCAUCUGUUAUUAGCUGGGAGCCCCUUAUGGGAGCACUAACUCUUCAUCUUCUUUACAUUGGGCCACGCUCCUAAAGCUACCACAGCCGUGAACCCUAAGAGCACCGAGCUGGCCCUCCCUUGAGUGUUGGUGGUAUCUUUGAUUCCAGCGCAUCGUUCCUUGUUCUCAUCUGCCUCAGUGGGUUUACCGACAACAGGGGUUACAUUAUUAACAAAAUUAGAGCUUUGUUCCUUUCAUCUGAGCAUUCCACAAACCCACCUCGGUCAUUCUCAGAAUACCUCCAGGCAGCCAGGAGAAAGUACGGUCUUAUCCACGGUGAAGGGGGAAGACAUUCAGAUCCCAAGACAGAUGAUUUGUAUACCUUUCGAGGCCAAGAUGAGUGUGCACCUGUGUGGUCAAAUGUAAUCCACAAUGGGGCUCUCAUCAGGUUUCAGCCACAGGCAUGAAGGCAACGUUGCUGAAACUACAAGAUACCUGCGUGGGUCACACCUGCUGCUGCCUCUGGGCCUGCAGUUCCUCACAGGAUUUCGAAGAAGCAUGUCCAUACUGCUUCCAGCUGCAGGUGCUGGAUAAAGCUGGAAUGUAUCUCCAGCCCAAGGCUAAACUGACACCCCAAAGUACAGACACUUAUUAAUUGAGAAGCAAAAUAAACAUGCACUCAGGUUUAAAGAAGCAAAAUUUAUGAAGAAGUAGAAAGGCUCCAAAACUGUUUUGUUGAUUACUUGUAAAAUAUGCAUCAGAACACUAACUGGUAAAAUAACGGGAAAAGGAGAAGCAUCCUAUGGACGAUGAGGAACAAUUCUACCACUCCUCAGAUUUAACCCUUGCAGGAAGACACAGAGACUAAAGUUCUGAGUUCUGCAAGUCUGGUUCCAAUGGCGAGAGCCCAGCCUGGUUUUCAAAACACCUACAUCUGGACAGUCAAUACCCAUUUGCUCCUCAAAGGACAUGAGCAAAACAAAGAAACACUUCUCUUAACUAAAAAUGCAGCUUAGUCAGAAAGAAUUCCAAAAUAAUCCAAAGUGGAUUUCAGAAAUUUCUUGUCUCCUCUGUAAAGAAUGGAUUUUGAGAAAUGUGUAAUGCUAUUUCGGAACUAAAGCUAGUCAGUAAAAAACUUGUUUGACUUUUAUUUAUUUUCUGAAUACGUGGAAACCAAAUCCAAGAACAAACUUUCCUUGACAUCCUUGGCAUUUGUGGGAAAUAAAAACCUCACUGGAAUGAAUAACUGAAACCUACCCACCUCAAGUGUUGGUUGUGAGAUCAAAAAAAUAUGUGAAAGUGCUUGUCAGUAGUAAACUCAUAAGCAGGUAUUACUGGUAUUCUUAUUAUUUUCCCUUUUCUCAUCAGUUUUCACCAUUUAUAUCAUUCUCUUUCAAAAGGAGAUUGAGACCUUUAUAAGCAUGUCUACUUAGAAGGACUUCUUCGGGGGGUCAAUAGCCUGACUGCUAAUUCAGAAAACUGGUGUGUCCUUUUUCUCCUACAAACAUCUGCAUAACUGUACAUUAGUGAAACCUGAAGAUUAUCCCUAUUUGGGGUGUAAAAAUAUCCGGGAUAUUCUUAAUUAUAGAUGAUCUAAUAAGAUAAAGAUACAAAUAUAUUUUACAGAAAUUUUCAUUUUUGUAACUUUCUGUUGUUCCUGUAGUAAUAUUUCACCUUAAGAGACAGUUAAAUUUGUUCUAGUACAGACUUAUUUCUGGGUUUAAAAUUAUUUCAAAAUGUCAACUUUUACUUUAGCUAUCUUACAUCUUUUCUGGAACAACAUAGGUACAAUUUGGUUUUUGUUAAUAAGCUAAGAUUGUUUUCCACCUUUCUAUUUAGCCCAUUUAGAUAUGUUGAAGAAAAAUCAGGUUAUGCAUUUUUGGUGGGAAGUGAUGUGUCUUUCUCAGCGUCAGGUCCAAAGGUCCAUGGUGCUGGUUUGUCCCAAUAUUCAUGAUAUUCAUUUUGAUUCCUAGGGUAAGGAGGUUCCACUAGGUUUUUCCAAUAUAAAGUUGUUAUUUUCCUUUGUAGUUAAUAAAUACAAAGACUGCAAAUGUCUUGUUCUUCAUCAAACUCUCCCCUACUAAUUUUAGUAUCUAUUGAUUUCUUGAUUCUAUUUCCUUCCCUUUCCUCCCUUCCUUCCUUCUUUCUUUCCUUUAUCUUUCUCUCUCCCCCCUACCCACUUUUGUUGGCAUAAGAAAGACCUUUCUUUUCUUCCCCAUUUAUUUAUUGAUUCAUUGGUUUAUUUAUUAUCAGUAUGGAUGGCCUCAUAGAUACUUUUAUUAUUCAAUGGGAUAUAAUCUAUUGUUUUUUGUUUUUAAUUAAUUUAUUUAUUUUUGGCUGUGUUGGGUCUUCGUUUCUGUGCGAGGGCUUUCUCUAGUUGCGGCGAGCGAGGGCCAUUCUUCAUCGCGGUGCAUGGGCCUCUCACUAUUGCGGCCUCUCUUGUUGCGGAGCACAGGCUCCAGACGCGCAGGCUCAGUAGCCGUGGCUCACAGGCCCAGUUGCUCCGCGGCAUGUGGGAUCUUCCCAGACCGGGGCUCGAACCCAUGUCCCCUGCAUUGGCAGGCAGAUUCUCAACCACUGCACCACCAGGGAAGCCCUAAUCUAUUGUUUAGUUAUAAAUAACUA